CAUAUGUAUUUAUUCGUGUUCCAGGUAUUUGUUCAAUUUUCGUGGUGUAGCUGCAAGUUUCCGGCUAAAACAUCUUUUUCUAUGCGAGUCGUUAGUUUUUCAUGUCGGGGAUGAAUGGAUGGAGUUCUUCUACCUAGCACUUAAGCCAUGGGUGCACUAUAUACCAGUGGCUCAGGAUCUGAAAGAAACAAGAACUCUGAUAGAGUUUGCAAAGUCAAAUGAUCAAGUUGCCAAGGAUAUUGCUAAAAGAGGGAGGGACUUCAUAUGGAAUCACCUUCAAAUGGAGGAUAUAUCUUGUUAUUGGAAAAAACUGCUGAAGGAAUAUUCCAAGCUCAUCAAGUAUAAAGUGGUAAGAAACAAAGACUUGCAUCAGGUACUACCAUAGGAAGAGUAAGACAAGAAAAAUGUAAACACUUGUCACUCAAAGGUAGAAACAUAAUUAAGCAUCACCUGAUUUGUUGAAUUGUUUGAUCUGCAGUUAGGAAACAUGCCCAUAAAGUUAAACAA